AUGGCUUUUGAUCCCCAUGCAGGCUCUUACGAAAUUAAGAAGAAGUUCACCCAGGAAGAGGUGAUCCCAGCGCCAGACGAUAUUGGUGCACUGGCAAACCGUAUCAACAAAGCUACUCAUGCUAUCCACAAUAAAAUCAACAAUCUCAUUUCUCUGAAAAUGGUUUUUGCUCUACGCGACCCCAAAAUCUACAGACAAGGUAUCAUUGCCUUUUAUUAUGUUUUCCGCGAGUUUGAGCACAUAUGGGUUGAGUUUCUGGCACAAGAUCCUACAACCCUUACUGAAGAUCAGAGAGAAAUCCAGGAUAUUCUGCAACAAGUCUGGACACCUGCACUGGCCCGAACAGAAGCCCUGGAACUCGACCUGAGUUUCUAUUACCACACAGAGUCGGCGGAGGCCUUUGCUCAAAAGUACCAAAACCCGGUUAUGUCGGAACAGAUUUCCAUGCUUAAACACAUGAAAGAUGUCCUUCAUGAAAAACCCUACCUUAUUCUCGCCUAUGCACACACCCUCUACCUAGCACUCUUUGCAGGUGGCCGUAUCAUGCGCUCAUCCGUAGCUAAGUCAACAGGCCUUUUCCCAGUUGUUCCUGGCAAGACCCAAGAAGAAGUUUCUGCUAAUGGCACUCACCUUUUCAAGUUCCCAAUGGUUGAUGAUGAAGAUGCCCUGCGCCUCGACUUUAAGCGACGAUUUGAGCUUGCCACCCGCAACUCACUCUCUGAAGAACAAAAGCUGGAAAUUAUUGCAGAGUCAGAAGAAAUCUUCCGCAGAAAUAUUGCUGCUGUCGAUGAGGUCUCGCGCAAAAACCAACGUGCUAUUGUCCAAAAGUUUGGUUACAAGGCUACAAAAUUCUUUUCCAUCAUUCUUAUCAUUGUUUCGAUAUUCCUUUUAUUCCUUCAAAUGAGAAAGUUUUUCAAUUUUUAA